UUAUUUUGUUCCUUUUGCCGGGCAUUUCUGUCACUCAAAAACCAGCUUUCGGGGACGACAACUGCUGCUGUCACAUUCAUCCGCAUCACAUCACUCUGGAGGCCUCGCACGCAGGUUCUACUGUACGGCACUGACAGUAAUUGCGAUCUACUGAAUCGCAGUGGGGCCACGGGCAAAUGAGAGCAUUAUUCGCCUGCGAAUGUCUCUCGCUGCCUCAGUCCCUCUCGGUACGCUUCCCCGGGCCCGGCAUUCAACUAUUGGAGCUCUUAGGGCUCCAGGACAGACGUGCGCGGUCUAGUCCCUGCGUGCUCCGAGAGAUUAUUUUUAUAUUCUUACCUCAUACUGGUCUGGACGGAGGAUUCAUUGGUGACAAUGUCCCAGUCUCCACAUUGAUAAAUGGAACUGUUAAUUGCUUGAUUGAUUUACCCUUCGAUCCUCCUCCCCAUGCUGCUGGGCCGGCCAUACAAGAGUAUCAUUUCCUGAUUUCCGCACCUGCCCCGGCGCCAGCGCCCUGGCGCACCCGCGUACCUUGGCGACGGGCUUCCGACGACGUUUCACCGGGAGCCAGGCCUCGAUCGCCUAACCCUCGUCGGCCGCGGCGGCAGGGUCCGCGGGCCCGGAAUCCCUGAUAACGGGGGGGGAAGACGUUUCUUAUGCCUCACGAAAUGAUGUAUCAGGGCCACGGAACAGAACCCAGAACAUUGCUUUGGAAAUAACGUGGUUCAUGCAUCGUCCUCCAAGUCGGGUUGGUCCCUCGGCAAUGCA